AUGUCUUCCUCAAACUCUGAUUUACCAGACAUGGAAGCGAGUGGGACCCAGUCGAGUGGAGCAGUUGUGCCCAAAGGAGCGAACAAGAGGCGGGCAUUGCCUGACUUUGAUGAUGAUGAUGACGAAGGAAGCAAACUGUUUAGGUGUGAUGAUGACACUUCAGGCUCAAAUGAUAAAGAGCGCUUUGCCAGGGAAAACCACAGUGAAAUUGAAAGGCGAAGGCGAAACAAGAUGACGGCCUACAUCACAGAGUUGUCGGACAUGGUGCCCACAUGCAGCGCACUGGCGAGAAAACCGGACAAACUCACCAUUCUGCGGAUGGCUGUGUCCCACAUGAAGUCUCUGAGAGGCAGCGGCAGCACCAACGCAGACGGCUCCUAUAAGCCUUCAUUUCUCACUGAUCAGGAACUCAAGCACCUGAUUUUAGAGGCGGCAGACGGCUUCCUGUUUGUGGUGUCCUGUGAGACCGGUCGUCUAGUGUAUGUGUCGGACUCGCUGACACCGGUCCUGAACCAGGCCCAGAAUGACUGGCUCGGCGCCUCCUUGUACGACCAGUUGCACCCUGAUGACACGGAGAAACUGAGAGAGCAGCUUUCCACCGCAGAGAACAACAACACCGGGAGGAUGUUGGAUCUGAAAACUGGAACCGUAAAAAAAGAAAGCCAGCAGUCCUCGGCCAGAAUGACGAUGGGGGCGCGGCGGUCCUUCAUUUGCAGAAUGAGGUGUGGUAACUGUCUUGUGGAGCCAAUGUCUAUGAACAGACUCAACUUUUUAAGAAACAGAAAUAGGAACGGUUUGGGUGUGGCCAAAGAAGGAGAACCUCAGUAUGCGGUAGUUCACUGCACAGGAUAUAUCAAAUCCUGGCCUCCUGCCGGAGUGUCGCUAACAGAUGAAGAGGCGGAUAACAAUCAGGGGAGUCGCUAUUGUCUUGUUGCUAUUGGAAGAUUACAGGUGACAUGUUGUCCGGGAGAUGCCGAUAUAGGGAACAUCUGUAUUCCAGUAGAGUUCAUUUCACGUCACAACUGUCAAGGCGUUUUUACAUUUGUGGACCAUCGCUGUAUGGCCGCAAUUGGCUACCAGCCCCAGGAUUUACUGGGAAAGAAUAUUUUGGAAAUGGCGCACCCGGAGGACCAGAGUUUACUCAGAGAAAGCUUUCAACAGGUUUUGAAGCUGAAAGGCCAGGUGCUGUCUGUGAUGUUCAGGUUUCGUUCCAAGUCGAGGGAGUGGAUCUGGAUGCGGACGAGCUCGUUCACAUUUCAAAACCCCUUUUCUGAGGAGAUUGAAUACAUAAUUUGCACCAACGUCAACGUAAAGCAAUUACAGCAGCAACAGCAGACUGAGCUCGAUGGGGGGGGAAACAGAGAGGUGUUAUACGAGGCUGGACAGGCUCCUUUAUCACAGAUGCCUGUGCAGCCGGUGACGGCAGCAGGACCGGAACUCAAUAAAAAUCUGGAGAAGACGGAGCUCUUCUCAUCGCUCUUCCAAAGCCCUGAGCAAAACAAAGUCCUGCCUUCUUCCUCUGUCCCUCCCAGUCAAAUCUACCCCCCCAACCACUACCCGGCAGUCUGUCCUGAAGCCUACAGUAGCCCAGUGAGCAUGGCCCCACCGAUGCCGCAGCAGCCACACUCCGCUGGGCAGAUGCUCGCUCACAUUUCUCGUCAGAACGGGGCUCCUCAGAAUGUUGCUCCCAUCAGCCCUCUGCACGCAGGACUCAAUGGAGGCUGGCCUGCCCCCAGUACUGGCACCAGACCACAGUUCAAUAACCAACAGAAAGUGGCUCCACAACCGCCGAAGACUAUGCCGCCGCAGUUUGCUCCGGUCGUCGGAGGGUUUUCUAAUCCUUUAAACCAGAUUCCCACUGGAACCGCUCCCAUCCAGAACAACAGCGUCGCCUACCCUCCCAUGAACCCACGUGCUUCCAUAAACACUAACGGUUAUGAUGGCUCCCAGUCCGGCCCGCAGUUCCCGUCUCGAGCAGCAGAGGCAGUGUGGAGUCAGUGGCAGGGUCAGCAACAUCCUCAGGGGAAUAUUGAGCAACACCCACACGCUCAGGGCAACCAGCAAGACAUGUUUCCUGAUGUGCUGUCGAUGCUGGACCAGCCGGCCAACUUCAACAAUGAAGACUUUGACAUUCAAAUGUACUCGUCAUUCAACGAGUGA